AUAAGCACACUGCACAAAUUCGCCGACUUAUCGUCGUUGGACACUCUCCUUGGCGACGACGACACCAACGAUUCUGACCUAAUGCGACUGCUAGAGACUGAUCUGGCAUUCGUCCUUCAACCAGCGGGUUCAGCUUUGAGACACUUGCCUGUGAAGGGCCCUAAGGAUGCUGAUCCAGUCGCUAAGGCGUUUGGUAAGGAGGCUUGCUCGAUGCGAAAGUAG